AGAGGAGUCAAUAUAUAUUUGCUUACCUAUAAGGGGCGUUGGAAUCGCCCACCAAACUAAACCAACCAGCCAAUCAACUUAAAUUUAAGCCCCUCGCCUUCAAUCCUCCAACCUUAUUCCAAAAUUCAACUAGCCAUGGUGAACUUGGUUGCAGCUCAGCGCCCACUGCUACACGCCCUAAUGAAGAUGGCCGGCGUAGUGCCUUACUCCGUCGAGUUCGAGCCCGGCACCACCAUGAACUUCUGGGUCCCCGUCGAGACUCUCUCCAAACCCAAAAAAACCCAACCGCCCAAACCGCCGCAAAAACCAACCAAGCCGGUUGUCGUCCUGGUUCAUGGUUUUGCCGCGGAAGGAAUCGUCACUUGGCAAUUCCAGGUGGGUGCCCUUUCUAAGCGAUACUCUGUUUACGUCCCGGACCUCCUCUUUUUUGGCGACUCCAUCACCGAUAAAUCGGAUCGGUCACCGACGUUUCAGGCCGAGUGUUUGGCGGCUGGGCUGAGAAAGCUUGGGAUCGAUAAAUGUACGGUGGUCGGGUUCAGUUACGGCGGGAUGGUAGCGUUCAAACUGGCAGAGCUCUGGCCAGAGCUGGUGGAGGCUAUGGUGGUUUCCGGUUCGAUUCUGGCUAUGACGGAUUCGAUCAGCGACGAGACGCUGCAGAGAUUAGGGUUUGGGUCGUCCUCUGAGCUGCUACUUCCGACGUCGGUGAAGGGCCUGAAAGCGCUCCUCUCCGUUGCCGCUCAUAAAAAGCUAUGGUUUCCCGAUCGACUCCAUAAAGACUUUCUCGAGGUGAUGUUCAAUAACAGGAAGGACAGGGCAGAGCUGCUUGAAGGCUUAGUUAUGAGUAACAAAGACAGCACUGUGCCUAAGUUCCCUCAGAAGAUACAUCUUUUAUGGGGCCUAAAUGAUCAGAUUUUCAAUGUCGAGCUUGCCCGAAAACUACAAGAGGAACUUGGCGACAAUGCAACGUUUCAAAGCAUACCGAAGUCGGGUCACUUGGUUCACUUGGAACGACCUUGCAUCUACAAUAGGUGUCUCAAGCAAUUCCUUGCUACCCUGCAUUCAAAUGCCCAAGCCAAAUGACAUGCCAAAUUGCUUCCUUUCUAUUCUUUUUUUAUUCAACGUGUGGAGUUGGAGGGUCGAAGCCUCCGACCUCUUUGUCGGGGGUAAAUGUUUAAACCUGUAAUGUUCAAACUGGUACAAUGGUACUCAUUUCUAUUACUAAUCAAAGUAUCAAACAAUAGCAAUUUUUUU